UCUCUCUCUCUCUCUCUCUCUUUCCUCUCUUUCCUCUCUUUCUUCUCUUCUCUCUCAACCUCCUCGACCACCACCACCACCACCACUAGCGUCAACGUCCAACGUCAAUCUCAAUCGCAACUCAAGCAGCAAUGAAAGAUGUCGGAAUCAAGUUUGUCGAGAUCGUCCCUGCCGACACAAUACUGGAGUUUAUGGGGCAGGCCAAGUCGCCCAGUACGGUCAAUAAUGUUGCUGACGACGACGACAGCCAGAAGGAGCCUGACAGUAUCAUGCUCAAAGGGGAGGCGCUGUUCACGCUGACCCGACCGCUGAAAAUCCGCGGAAUGAAUGUCAAGUUUAAAGGUGCGUCUCAGACCAACUUCCGUGGCAGUGACAUGCAGGCGCCACUGCUUCCAAAACUCAAACAGACCUUGUUUGGAAAGACAACACUACCUGCGGGCGAGCAUGUCAUUCCGUUCUUACUCGAGGUGCCCAACAUAUAUCCAGCAUCGCUGGCCAUCAAGCGCGCCAGUGUCUCGUACAAGGUCGAGCUGUCGAUUGCGAUGGGGUUGCAGAAAAAGUCUAUCACGGCGGAGCACCCCAUCGAAAUCCGACGGCAUCUGUUGCGUUGUAAGGAGAUGGCCCCGCUGGUCGAGACGCAGAUCAUUGAGCAUACGGUGCCUGCCAAGUUCCACUACGAAAUCGACGCACCCCAGAUCGUAAGCCUUGAACAGGGCAGCAUUCCGUUUUCAAUCAAAUACUUGUGCUUCGCGUCUCAGAAGCCCGUGCGAAACAUUCGAACCCAGUUGAAGCAGAUUGAACUGUACAGUAGUGCGGAUGGGAAGAUGGCCAACCCAUAUCGCAAAAUCCAAAACAUCGCAGACACAUUGAUCAUGUCCGGUCGCUCGCACAAAAAGUACAUCAAACGCACAGUGCCAGCAUUACUGCACAGCGUCGACAACUCGCAAGAGAAAUCAACCUGGAAACGUCCGCUUAUCCUCCGCCAUAAACUGCAGAAACUCAUUUCCCCGGCGCUCGAGUCCCCGCUCAUAACGAUCUGCCACGAGUUGGAGAUCACCUUUCAAUUCGAGCACCAGUUUGAAAACAUCAAGGCCGUAGUGCCCAUCGUCAUUGCCUCCAUCCCUCCACAGGACAAGCAUCCGUUGCUGCAACUCACAAACGGUAUGCCAAAUUACCACUUUGAGCAAGAUCAGUCGCGGCUCCACGACUCGUUCAUCUCGGUUGUCAUUGAAGAGCCUGUUCACGUUGAAGAGGUCGACCCUAUUGACGAUGCCGAAAGCCUGCAAACAGGAGCUCAAUACAGCAUACUUGGUGAGCCGCGGCUACCGGUGACGUCCUCCAGCAUCAACUUGCUCAAACUAUCCGUCGACGAUCAGUCGCAGCAUCUACAGAACAACCAACGUCGCAAACAGGACUCUAUCGGCAGAUCUAUUCGUAAAUUCGCCUCCGCUAAUGAGCUGAGUAGUCUCUCUCGCCAGAGCGACGAUGACGAUGAAGACGAUGAUCCAAUGCAUUUGCCACUCGAGCGACCACGCACAACCACACCUAUUGUACAGCGUCGUCGUGCAGCGCAGCAUCGACAGCCGUGGUUACAGCCAAUUGACGUGGAUUUGGCAAAUGGAUUAAAAAAACCGAUGCGACGCGACCAGCAACAGAAGCAACAGAAGCAACAACAACAACAGCAGCAGCAUCGUCGUCAACAACAAGAAAAUUUAACAACUGUAGAUCUCAAUUUGAUGCGGAGUAAAGCUCGACUUCAACAAGUCCAACGAAACAGUAGGCGUACCGCCACUGCUGCUGUUGCUGCAUCGGGAUCAGCAGCAGCAGCAGCAGCACCCUCUUCCACAAAAGACCGAGCACCAUCAAGAAUGAACAGCAAAAACGUGACUCCUGAGGAUAGCGGCUCAACAGGAUCCGAUAAUACUUCACAGUCCAGCAGAUUUGCGCCGAGCCAGGAUUCAUCCACAACGGAUCGAAGCGACGACGACAGUUACACGCUCAAAUCACGCCCACCUUCUUUCGUACUUUGCGCAGCGCCUGGUCUUCCAGCAGAAACUGCAUUACGACCACAGAAUGCAGUGCAAGCAUCAUUAGUGGAAGAGCAAUUCUGUCCCGAUGAGGUGCUAGAUCGCAGUAGCAACAACACAAUGUCUCCAACCAUUGCUACCAUUGCAUCAUCCACGCUAUUAUCGCCGAGGACGAGUUAUGCUUUGCAACGAAGUCGCGGUAGCAACAACGGCAUUCCAUUGUCCACCGCAACCAUGUCUGGUGGGUAUCGAGCAUCCUCUACUCACACACGGGAAUCGUCCACGCUGGACGCACACGACGAAGUUUUACGACGCAUUGCCUGUACACAAAAUCGACAGAAGCCAGAGAAACUUAAUUUCGCUGCACUCCAGCCUCAGCCUCCUCCUCCAAUGUCGCCCUUGCCACCCUUGCCACCAUUACCUUAUCAACCACCUCCGUCUCGACCUUCAACAGAUACCAUUAGAAAUAACCCUCAAGACACCACCACCACCACCACCACCAACAUCACCAGCAAAAACAACAAUACGAAAAAACAACAUCUCGAAGAAGACAAGCAAAAUCCAUACGUCUAUCUCGAACUACCUCCAUUACCAACAGUCACCAACAAUUCUCCUGCAAACCAUCUAUCAUCCACUACUACAGCAGCCCCUUCUCCUUCUCAUCAUCAGCAUCAUAGACAACAACAACAACAACAACAACAACCUCCCGCAGCAACAGCAUCUGUAGCACCACCCCCACCUACAAUUCCAUUACCUAGCGCCCCUCCACCUGUAGUGCCUCCUGCUCGCGUAGCCAAUCGACCAAGACCAGCGCACCCACAGUCGUCGGAAAGAAUGGCUCGACGGAUGACCAAAUUGUAUGUUGAAGAUAGCGACGAUGAAGUACUCGACCCAUCACCUCCCGUAUCAGCACAAGGUCAACCGGUUGUUGCAGAGAGUGCUCCGUUAUUACCACGACUUUCUCUUGGCACAACGUUUGGUUUCUCACUGAACAUUGAAAAUUAGUCUUAAUUUUUCUUAUCUGAUUCAUGUUUUCGACCCCAUUCACAACAUACACACACAUUCACAUUCACACUCACACGCACGCACAUACAAACACACACACACACACACACACACACACACACACA